CAAGUCAAGUCACUGAAGUGAUACCUUAAGGAUCAGCACCUUCAGACCAAAAUGGAUCUCGGGACAACAGUUGCUCUGCUUCUGCUGCUGCUUCUGGGCCUCUGCAAUGCUCAUUAUGACCUUGAUCAUGCUACUAAUAAUGAGAUCUCAGAGAAAGACAUUACCUCAACUAUCCUCAGAAUGAACAAUGGAUCUACGGACUUUCUGAUCGAGGGAGACAUGCUCAUUCCAAGAACCAGAAAUGCUAUGAAGUGCUUAAAUAGCCAAUAUUCCUGUCUGUGGCAAAAGUCUUCUACCACCAGAAAUGUUGAAGUCCCUUACGUUCUAAGCGGAAAAUAUAGCGAUGCUGAGAAGACGACAAUUUUAGGUGCCAUGAACGGCUUUGCUACAGCAACCUGCAUUCGUUUCAUUCCACGUACAACGGAGGUGGCGUACCUAAGCAUUGAACCGAGAGCUGGCUGUUCGUCUUUGGUGGGUCGUAUCGGAGACAAGCAGGUGGUGUCACUGCAGAGGUUUGGCUGCGUAGUCCAUGGCAUCGUCCAGCAUGAGCUGCUGCACGCACUCGGUUUCUACCAUGAGCACACUCGGAGUGACCGCGACCAGCAUAUCAGAAUCAACUGGGAAAAGAUCCAACAAGAUUAUACUGACAACUUUUACAAGAUGGAUACCAAUAAUCUCAACACUAACUAUGAUUACUCCUCUAUAAUGCAAUAUGGAAGAACUGCCUUUGGAAUUACUCCAGAUUCGGAAACCUUAACUCCCAUCCCUGAUCCCACCGUUCCCAUCGGCCAGACUCAAGGCAUGUCUAACACUGACAUUCUCAGGGUCAACAGGCUCUACCAGUGCUGA